AUAAUUCAUAAUCUAAGAUCUUUUGUUGGAUAAAAACUAGUUGUGAUAACGGGUAUUUAAAGGAUCAGGGAGCUUCUUUUAUUCCUCACCACUUGAAUACAAGCAUUCCUCUUAUAGAAAACACCUCCUGCUCUUUGCCUUCUAAUUAGCAUUCUUUCCAUGGCCUUCUUUGAACACCACACCAUUCUCUUUCUCUUUGCACCUUGCUUUCUAUAUGUCUUAUACAUAUGUCAACGCCGUAAUUCUAUCAUCCCCACAAAUUGGCCAGUUAUUGGUACAAUACCAGCACUCGUUGUAAAUUCCCACAAACUCCAAGAAUUUGCCACUGAUCUUCUAGCAUGUACUGGUGGUACGUUCUUGUUAAAAGGACCUUGGUUAGCCAAAAUGGAUAUGCUUCUCACUGCAAGUCCUGCUGACAUCCAUCACAUUUUGAGCAAAAACUUCCCUAAUUAUCCGAAAGGCCACAAAUUCGGUGAGAUCUUUGAUAUCCUAGGAGAUGGAGUGUCUAAUAGUGACGGAGACUUAUGGGAGUUCCAUCGCAGAACCCUCAUGGGCCUCCUGAACCAACCUAGCUUCCAUAGCCUCCUAAAAAUGACGAUUUGGAACAAGGUUGAAAAAGGGUUACUACCGGCACUAGACAACAUUUCACAACAAGGGGUGGAGAUGGAUUUGCAGGAUAUAUUUCAAAGGUUUGCUUUUGAUAUUAUAUGUGAAUCAGUUUUUGGUUACGACCCUAAAAGCAUGUCUCUUGAUUUUCCUUACAUUCCAUGUGAAAAGGCUUUGUCACAUGCCGAAGAAGCCAUCUUGAUUAGGCAUAUUGUGCCCGAAAAAUUAUGGAAAUUGCAACGAUUUCUUAGAAUGGGAAAUGAGAAGAAGUUAAGCAAUGCAUGGAAAGACAUUGAUCAAUUCAUAUACAAACACUUAGCCGAAAAUCAAACAGAUCAUAGUAACGAUGAACCCGGAGAGGAAAAUUUUAAUUUUUUAACCGCUCUAAUAAAAGAGGUAAAAGGCCAAAGUGUCACGUCUAAGGAUCACGAUAUGUUUUUGAGAGAUAUCUUGUUGAAUUUAAUUGUUGCGGGACGAGAUACCACUAGCAGCACUCUCUCUUGGUUUUUUUAUCUUCUUGCCAAAAACCCAAAAGCAGAAGAUAAGAUCCGAGAAGAGCUCGAGACACAACUAAAUAAGGAAAUGGGUGAUAUCCAAGCAAUAGAUUUGGGUAAACUGGUUUAUCUUCAUGGUGGAUUAUGUGAGGCCUUAAGGCUUUUCCCUGCAGUUCCGUUUCAGCACAAAGAGCCAGUACAACCCGAUAUUCUUCCAAGUGGCUAUCAAGUAGAUUGUAACACUACGAUUAUUUUAUGUUUUUAUACCAUGGGAAGGAUGGAUUCAAUAUGGGGAAAGGAUUGCCUGGAAUUUAAACCUGAAAGGUGGGUUGCAACAGGAGGUGGAAUCGAACAUCAACCAUCAUAUAAGUUCCCCGCGUUUAACGCUGGACCAAGAACUUGUUUGGGUAAGCAAACGAGUUUCACUCAGAUGAAGAUAGUGGCUGCUACAAUCAUAUACCAUUACCAUGUUGAGCUGGUUGAAGGUCACCCAGUCAUACCAAGUGAAUCUGUUAUCCUGGAGAUGAAACAUGGUUUGAAAGUGAGGUUAACUAAAAGAAGUGAAGUCUGAGUUAAGAGGUUUGACUUCAAUCAUGUCGAUUGUGUUAUAUUUAUGAACUUAAUUAAAAUGUUAUCUAAAUACAGUCUUUUACGUUA